AUGGAUUCUGAUGACAAUGGUAUGGUGACUAUCGAGAAGAACUACUUGGAAGCUUUGCUGAGAAGCUGCGUGCAAUCACUAACCGUUUUACCCCACAACAGAGCUGACUUCAAUGCUUCGGAGGAUGGUGAUUUUGAUGCUUCUCGAGAUGCCGAUAAAAUUACAAUUUCGAGAAAGGAGUAUGAUGCCUUGAAGCAAUCCUUUCGUGAAUAUGAGUUCCUGCGACGCAGACUUAUUGAAGGUGGUAUUACGGAGGAGACCUUGAAUGCCUUAUUGAUCAAGGGUAACGAUGAAAAUGGAGCUGAUCAGAAUGCUGCCUCGGAUGUGUCUGCGGAGCAUGAAGAUCCUGAUGAAAGCACUACCUUUAUGACACAAAGUCCUCCUCCAUUGACUCAAGUUGACCAUGGUCACCAAGCUUAUACAUAUGGCACACCCCGAACUGGUACAAUACUUGCAAGUCGUCCUCAAGAACACAAAAGCUCUCAAACUCAUAACUUUCAGUAUCAAGGGUCCCCGAACCAAAAUCUGCAUACCAGUGGUCACGACGACAAUAAUAAUACUUUCAAUUUUGAGACCGAAAACAAUUCGGAGACUAGGUCUCAGGGCUCAUCUUAUGAGAAGUUUGCCCAGCGUACUGUACAAUUGUACAACCUCCCAGAUGGUACUACACAUGCAGAUGUUUGCGAUGUUGUUAGGGGAGGGAUGUUGUUAGAUAUGUAUCUUCGCAAUCACGAUCAUACUGCGAUUGUAUCGUUCCUCGAACCGGCUCAAGCUAAUGAGUUCUUUCGUCAUGUCAAACGCAAUGAUUUGUAUAUCCGUUUAAAGAGGGUCGAUGUUCGAUGGCAUGAUAGGCAAUUCAUCUUACCAGAUCAUGUCGCAAAUAAUAUAAGCAUGGGAGCUACUAGAAACCUUGUCAUUCAUAAGUGCAACCCCAGCUUUACCGAAGAAAUCAUCCGUGAUGAUCUCGAGCACAUCCAUAACCUCGUAUUGAUUAAGGUUGUGUUCAGUGGUUCCAGUGCUUUCAUCUCGACCAAUUCUGUUCAUAACGCAAUGUUUGCUCGUACUUGCAUGAUGAGUCGUGGCGCUUAUAAGAAUUCGAAGAUUAAAUGGGCGCAUGAUGAAUGUGUAGCACCACUACCGAGGCGCCCAAGUCCUCAAUUCGACAAUCCUCCCGUCACAAAGAAGCAGGACACCCCUUUGGCCAACCGCUUCGAACUUCUCAGAAUUUAUAUGGAGGACGAAUCAGAGACUGACGCCGAGGGCAAAGACAACAAAAUUGUAGGUGCUGAUGGUGUAGAUGGGAAUGCGAGAAUAAGACAACAGGGAGGGGCAGGAGUAAGAGAGCAAGAGGAAGAAGUGAUGGCGUAA